AUGACUGUAGCAAUCAAUAUAAAGUCCACAAUUAAGAACACUGAAGAUGCUAAGGAAUUUAUGAAAUUUGUGGAAAAAUGUUCUCAGUCAGAGUCGGCUGACAAGUCACUUGCUGGAACACUUAUGAGUACUUUAACCAACAUCAAGUUUGAUGGUUCUCGUACUAUACAUGAGCAUAUCCUUGGAAUGACGAACUUGGCAGCAAAGUUAAAGACUAUGGGAAUGAAAGUUAAUGAGAAUUCUUUGGUAACGUUUAUCCUUAAUUCCUUACCUUCAGAGUAUGGUCCAUUUCACAUGAACUAUAACACUCUGAAAGAUAAAUGGAAUGUGCAUGAAUUACAAGGUAUGCUCAUUCAAGAGGAAGCGAGACUUAAGAAACCAAUAAUUCACUCUGCCAAUCUCAUGGGUCAUAAAGGAGCUGGAAAGAAACCUGGAAAAAAGAAUGGCAAGGGCAAUCAUGGACAAUUAAAGAUAAAACAAUCAUCUGCCCCAAUCCACGAAAAGGAACAAAUUAAGGAUAAGCGUCGGUUUUGCAACAAACCAGGACACUAUUAG